AUGGUAUUAGCAUCGCCUUCGGGCCGGCUCUCCAAAAGAGGAGUCAAGAGAGUUAUCCACUCUAAAGGAAAGCCCGCUAAUCAAUUCCGAAACGCUCUUCGCCCGCUAAUUCAAGACAUCGAUGUUGUGACCCUUUCCAAGCGCAUUCUGGCUGGAUACAUGAUUGGUGUUAUCAUUGUCGAAGCAAUUAUCGUGGCUGGUGCAGUGAGAUACCUCAGCGACACGCAGAAUCUUCCCAAGGAGCUCAAGUUCGCGUAUGACGAUCUGGAGCAGAUUCAUACUAUUGGAGUGAUGAAUACGAUCGCCAUUGCUACAGACGCGAGUGCAACACCUUACACGAUAACCGUCCCGCCUCCUCCAACCAAGACUCCUAUAGAUGUCAUAAGUAUCGAGACAUUGACCACAGACAACGGAGAGCGCAACGCUGGAGAUACUGUCUACCGCAUUCCCGAACGUAUAGGCCAACGGCUCCAGGACUUCCUUGGCAUGGUGAGUCUUUCGCUAUCACAGGACCUGUGCAAAGGAAAGGAUCUGGCCGAGCGGGUUCCGGAUACUGCUGAAGUCUGCCUGCGACAGCUUCGCCCACUAGGAGCAGCUUUCGCCGAUGACGGUCCCGAAGGCGUCAUAUCACUGAGGCAGCAAGAUUAUUACCAACUCCCCGACGCUGGCCAAGCUAUCGGUUUCCCCAUUAGAAACUACAUCGCGGACGGAGUCCAGAUUAUUGCCCCAAUUAUUGUCCCAAUUUACCGCUUGGUCCGCGUCCGCAUACCAAACUCGGGACCGACUCCAGGACCUAGUCCCCCGAAUGAGGAGGUAUUCGAAGUGGCAACACUAGCCUGA